UGAAACUACUGAAUAUCUUCAAUACUCCGCCAUAGCUCAGAUCUCUCUCACACACACAGCUGCCAUGGAACAACAAAGAAAUUUGAAUGUGGCAAAUGAACAGGCGGAAGCAGACGACAUACAGCACGGCCCUUUACCUAUUGAGCAGCUUCAGACAUCUGGGAUAGCUGCCAUGGACGUCAAGAAACUAAAAGAUGCGGGUCUUUGUACUGUUGAAUCUGUUGCAUACUCUCCCAGGAAAGACCUUCUGCAAAUCAAGGGAAUUAGUGAAGCCAAAGUUGAUAAAAUUAUUGAAGCAGCUUCCAAAUUGGUUCCUCUGGGUUUUACCAGUGCUACCCAACUCCACGCCCAGAGGCUUGAAAUCAUUCAGAUAACAUCUGGGUCAAGAGAACUUGACAAGAUUCUAGAAGGAGGAAUUGAAACAGGAUCCAUCACUGAAAUUUAUGGUGAAUUUCGUUGUGGGAAGACUCAACUCUGUCACACGCUAUGUGUUGCUUGCCAGCUUCCGUUGGAUCAAGGGGGUGGCGAGGGUAAAGCAAUGUACAUAGAUGCUGAAGGCACUUUCAGGCCACAAAGGCUGUUGCAAAUUGCAGAUAGGUUUGGAUUGAAUGGUAAUGAUGUGUUGGAAAAUGUUGCCUAUGCUAGAGCAUACAACACUGAUCAUCAAUCAAGACUCUUGCUUGAAGCAGCUUCUAUGAUGGUUGAAACAAGGUUUGCACUUAUGAUAGUAGACAGUGCCACUGCCCUGUAUAGAACUGAUUUUUCUGGUAGGGGGGAGCUGUCAGCUCGGCAAAUGCAUCUUGCCAAAUUCCUAAGAAGCCUUCAAAAGUUAGCAGAUGAGUUUGGGGUGGCUGUUGUCAUCACAAAUCAAGUAGUGGCACAAGUGGAUGGUUCUGCCAUGUUUGCAGGGCCUCAAAUAAAACCCAUAGGUGGUAACAUCAUGGCUCAUGCAUCCACAACAAGGCUUGCUCUGAGGAAGGGACGGGGAGAUGAGCGUAUAUGUAAGGUGAUAAGUUCUCCAUGUUUGGCAGAAGCUGAAGCACGCUUUCAGAUUUCAGCUGAGGGUGUUAUUGAUGUCAAAGACUAAACACCAACAUGUCCCUUUUCUCCAGAAAAAAAAAAGUCUAUUCCUGUCCAUUUCUCAGUAUUGUUUGCUUGAUGUACAGUAGUGUGUUGUAAAUUCCUACUUUUCUUUUCGAAUUUCAAAUUGAAGUCUUUCAAGGAUCUUGCCAGAUGAAUCACUGGGCCUUUUUUGAGAAAGCAUUCA